AUGCUCAUUGAUGGCGAGAAGUGGGCUUGUGAAGCUUGCGUCCGGGGUCACCGAGUCAGCAGCUGUCACCAUAGUGACCGCCCCUUGACCCACAUCAACAAAAAAGGCCGUCCAGUCUCUCAAUGCGCCCACUGUCGCGGCCUACGCAAGUCACGGACAACCCACACAAAGUGCGAGUGUGGUGAUAAGAAGAAGAAUAGCCACAAAAAUGAUUCAGAUCCCCAUGCCGUUGACAAACGGGAUCUCAAGCAGGACUCCCGUCCAAAAUGUGGCUGCACUCAUGGUCAGCGCUGUACCUGCGCGCUGAAGAAGGAACCCCACCUAGAUACUGUUCCGGAGACCUGUCUGCCUCCGCAUCCGCCUGCAGCCCCGUCCGAGCCCCCCAAGAAGCCCCAGUUGACUUCGACCAAGUCGGAAAGCACGCUCACUAUCUUCCGCGAUGGUCACCACAAGCCGGCUCACAAGCACAAUGACAUGGCGCACAAGUGUGGUCUGCCCUAUACGAUUCCGCGCUCACAUACAAUCCACACUACGUCCGAUGUCCCCCGCCGAUCCGUUGAAUUCCUGCCUUUAACUGAGCCAACCUUUCUGGAGAAGGCCUUUGCCAGCCAGGCGCAGUCCGAGACUCAGUCCAACGGUUCGCAACAGCAUCAUCUUGUCAAUUCCGAACAUGGAUCGCCUGAUCAUGCCCCUACUGCCGCUACGGAAGAUAUCACCACGACCGUUCCUCCGCUCGACUUGUCGUCCUUCUUCCCUCAAGCCCAGCCGUCUAUGGAUCAGUCCAACAGCGGCGCAGCGGAGUCGAUACCAGCACCCCUGGGUCAGCUCCCGUUGAAUUCGCUUGAUCCGGUCGUGACUAGCAUGCCGCCUCUCGAUGUCUCCUCGUUCCCCUCAUUCCCAACGACGACGACAUCCCCUGUGACCUGCAUGGCCUUUCAAGAUCCCUACAAGGAGCCUUUCUUCGCGUCGCCCGACAGCGACCUGCCGCUGAAUUCUGCUGCCUUCAGCGCGCCUCCGGUCGAUUGGUCCAAUUUCCCUCUGUAUUCAUCAGACGUCCCCGCCGCGACCAGCACGCAAGCUCCUUCCUACGCGAGUUUCGACUACAAUUCGAUGGCGCCUGGUUUCCCGGCCCCGUCUUCGUCAGGUGACAUCUCCGAAGCUGAGGAUUUCGGGCCCCUGUCUGGUCUUGGAAAUACUAGUGGCGAUCUGCAGGAUAUGCACAGUGCGAGCGAGGGUUCGGAUUUUGAUCAGUUCCGCAUCAGCUCCGCCUCCUCGUUCAUUGGCCUGCCGCAAGCUCAGCUGUUGUCUUCUAACAAUCUCGAGGCGAUUGACAUCGACGAGUUCCUCAAGUCCGCCAAUGAGUCGACUGCCGCCUUGGAACACCAGCUACAGUCCAGUAUGGGCAUGGAGCCUAAGCCCCUCCCUGCGCAAAACACGUUUGUCCCGAUGACCGAUGCAGAGACGUUCAAGCCGAUGGCCAAUUCGACCACGAGCCUGCCGAUGACGACGUCUCCUACGGAUACCCUGUGGCCCACUGCUAUGUUUGAUCCCGCCGCUCCGUCCAUGGAUGACAGUAAUGGCAACUUUUAUACCCCACCCUGGGUGUAA